AUGUCAACUGAUUUUUAUAUACGUUAUUAUGUUGGCCACAAGGGUAAAUUUGGUCAUGAAUUUUUGGAGUUUGAAUUUCGUCCAGAUGGUAAAUUAAGAUAUGCAAAUAAUUCAAAUUAUAAAAAUGAUACAAUGAUUAGAAAAGAAGCAUAUGUACAUCAAUGUGUAAUGGAAGAAUUAAAAAGAAUAAUUCAAGAUUCAGAAAUAAUGCAAGAAGAUGAUGCAUUAUGGCCACAACCAGAUAGAGUUGGAAGACAAGAACUUGAAAUUGUUAUUGGUGAUGAACAUAUAUCAUUUACAACAUCAAAAACUGGAUCAUUAUUGGAUGUUAAUCAAUCAAGAGAUCCAGAAGGAUUACGUUGUUUUUAUUAUCUUGUACAAGAUUUAAAAUGUCUUGUAUUUUCAUUGAUUGGUCUUCAUUUUAAAAUCAAGCCAAUAUAA